GUGGGGAAGUCGGCCCUCACCCUGCAGUUCAUGUAUGAUGAGUUUGUGGAGGAGUACGUGCCCACCAGGGCCGACAGCUUCAGGAAGAAGGUGGUUCUGAAUGGGGAGGAGGUCCAGAUCGACAUUCUGGACACAGCCGGCGAGGAGGACUACGCUGCCAUCAGGGACAACUAUUACCGCAGCGGGGAGGGCUUCCUGCUGGUGUUCUCCAUCACAGAGCAGGAGUCCUUCUCUGCCAUUGUGGAGUUCAGGGAGCAGAUCCUGCGGGUGAAGGCGGAAGAGGACAAGAUCCCUCUCCUCGUGGUCGGGAACAUGUCCGACCUGGAGGAGCGUCGGCAGGUGUCUGUGGAUGAGGCUCGAGGGAAGGCCGAGGAGUGGGGCGUCCAGUACGUCGAGACGUCAGCCAAAACCAGGGCCAACGUCGACAAGGUAUUCUUUGACCUGAUGCGUGAAGUACGAGGCAAGAAAAUGGCAGAAAACAAAGACAAAAACGGAAAAGGAAAAAACAAAAAGAACAAGAAGAGCUUCAAAGAAAGAUGCUGUUUACUUUGAACUCUUCAUGGACCUUAACAAUCCACAAUACAACUGUGAAGUUGGGGAACAAAGCAGAGCGUCCUUGCCAUUGUCAUUCAAAUUCAAUUUCAACUUGUUUUUUUGUUUUUUUUUAAGUUAGUUGGGUUUAGUUUGGUGUUUAGAACAAUCUCAACCCUAUUUUUUUUUUUUAGUUUUUCAUUAAUGAAAUCUGAGUUUCUGUUUCAUUGGAAGAUAACCACUGUUGUGACUGUGACUCGGCCUGCAGUGCUUGAUGGCUCACAGUAAGCCAAUGACCAAACUGCCACUGACACUAACUUUGCUGCUCAAGACAUUGUCCACUGUUAAACUCAGCGACUAUACUGCCCUUGACUUUGGUUCAGUGUGUUUUACACCAGACUUGUUGAGUCUUUGUCAAGUUAACAGUGCUAUUCAUUUCUUUACCUGCUCUAAAUCUUAACCCUCGUCAUUGUAAUCUGUUCGUAUACAUCCCUCGAUUCUCUGUUCAUCGAUUUACAAGGAACUCAAAUGCUGCUGUCUGUCCUUUUUUUGUAGUCGUUUAUGACACUUAAUGUCUAUUGAAGAUGUUGGCCUCAUUCAUUCAUCUGUCCAGACUCUCAUCACUACGACUUGAGAGAAGGUUUCUCAUUUUGGAGUCUCUGAGGCCACAGAAGAAUCGGUGCAGUAAGAGGUCUUGUUGUUAAACGUGUUUAUUUUACUCUACUGUUAUCAGCCCUUAUAUGAUAACCGCAGAUCAACCCAGAAGAUGCUUUGCAGUUUUUCAGGAGGACUGCUGCAAGUUAAUAUCUUUGGUGAUUGUGAAACAAAUGUAUCUCUGAGCUCACAGAGCUUCAUGUAGAUAUUAUAACAUAUACGUAUAUUAUUGUUGGAUAUUCUGAGGCUGUGAAAAGAAGGUUGUCAUGUGGUUACUGGUGUUUUUUCAUGUUGGUAUGUAAUCAUGGAAUCUGGCCCUUCCCACAUUGCAGAGUACUUCCUGUUUCACACGACUGUUGGCAUUUUCAGUCUGUACUGUGAGACAGGUGUUGACAAUCCAGGAGCCCAUCAUGAUUCUGGUCCACGAUGACAUUAUAAUCAAUAACUUCUUAUUCGUCUUUCUUUUUAUACCUUUGGUCUUUUUAAUAUCAUGCACUACAUUGCCAAUACCUAAGAAGUAGACCGUGCUUCGCGCUGGAGAUCUUUUUAAACAAUUUGUGCCAACAAAACGUCAAACAAUGUUUGUGGAUGUACAGUAUGUAUGCUUAUUAACAGAGUGUGUGUGUGUGUGUGUGUGUGUUUGCAUUCACCAGAAGAUCCUACUACUUUUCUGUGUCUCUAAGUGAAGCUUUGAAGAGGGCGCCAACUUCUUAACUGUUGUUAAAUCAAGUGCUACAGUGAACAAGAUGUUUCUACCACUGCCUAAACCAUUCUUUGUAACCCUCCCUUUUUCUUUCACACCCUACUGCUGUGAGUAUGCUUUUAUCUCUGCAGCGAGAGUGUUGCCGAAUAAAUGCUUUUUCUUUUCUUUGUAAGUACUGGACAUUAUUCUGAAUGUAUUCACAUGUCACACUGAGCAAUCCUAACCACAGCAAGAGAUGAUUGACACAGGUUUUGAUCUAAUUGAAUUUUGAAACCGAUUAAUUACAUUGUCCCCAGUAGACACUGACUUGUUCCGACUUGUCUUCUGUGCACAUGUGACUCUCUUGAUACAACCGUUUCCUGUCCGUCCAAAGGCUGUGCAGGUUAAGACAUGCCAGCUAGGCGUUCACAACGUAGCACUGUGCUAGAAGUUGUGUGUGCGCGCGCGUAUGUGUGUGUGAGUGUGUGUGAAAGAUACACAGAGAAGAAUCCAGUGAUGGCUACCGGUAAAAGUACAAACCAGAGCUCUCUGGCACUGCACAAGGUGAUAAUGGUGGGGAAA